CGCAGCCUGUUUGCGCAUUAAAUAGCAGUACAUUCUUCUAGCGUGAGCAUUGUGAUUGCGGCUUUCAACGUCUUGUACGCUAAUCAUAACCGCUAGACAAUUUUCCUCCAGAAGUGAUCGAAUUAUGGUUCUAGUACAGACAAAAUUAAUGUUUACAUUUUUUCUUCUAAGAGUUUGUUGAUUCCACUUUGAAAAACACUGAGGUUAGACCCUAACCUGAUACAAUUGACAACACGUGUUUUUGAUAGACAGAUGUAUAUACGAACACUUGCCUUAGUUAAAGUAUUCUCAUUCAUUGUACAUAUUUAACAUAGUUUGGUAGGUGAACUACAUUUGUAGUUAUAGUAAUAAAAUUUGAAAACAAUGACCACAAACGAAACCACUGUAACCGAGAAGAAUCCUUACGCGUACCUCGACAGAGAUGAUUUCACGUCUGAAAAGUAUAAAAUCGAGGUACGCGGUUUGCCAAAAUACUAUGGAAUAGCUGAAUUGAAGAAGUUUCUGAACGAAAAGCUCGAUUUGCAAGCACGCAAGGUGAAACCAGUGACAGUAGAUGGUAGUGGAUGGCUUUUCGUGUCGUUUAACAGCGAAGAGAGUCGUCAGAAAGCUAUACAAACAUUGAAUGGGAUUGUAUGGAAAAACUGUGAGCUCAGAGCUCAGAAUGCAAAACCUGCAAAAGAUCCAUUUGUCAAACGAAGACUGCAAGAGGAAAGAACCAACAAGCGUUUAAAAUUGGAUGAGAAUGAUCUAAGUAUAUCUGAAGCAGAUAAAGUCAAGUCAACUACUAUUCCUCUGUGGAAUAUACCAUACGAGAAUCAACUGGAGCUUAAACAGAAGGAAAUGAGGUCUAUUCUCAAAAAUAUUUGUAACAAAAUGUCAAUAGCGAGCAGAGAUGACCUUGUAGAUUGGUUAAACUCCCAGAAAAAUAAAUAUAAGGGAUUGCCUUGUGAAUUACUUCCUCUGCUUAGCACAGAUAAAAUCACAGAGUACAGGAAUAAGUGUGAAUUUACAGUUGGUAGAAGUAAUGAUGGAGACAAAGUUACAGUAGGAUUCAGAUUAUCCAGUUACGCGGCCGGUUCCACGGCAGUGGGGCCGAUAGACGAUCUAUGUCACAUCCCUAUGAAAAUGAGAACUGUAGCUAAAGUACUAGAAGAAUUUAUAGAAAAUUCUCAACUGAAUCCUUUCCAACCAGUCGAUCAUAGCGGGUACUGGAGGCAGGUUACCGUCAGAACUAGUCUUUCCGGGAAUCUGAUGGUAAUAGUGGGAAUGCAUCCUCAGGAUUUGAGCUCGGAGAGGUUGGAAGAAUUAAGAUCCCAGCUCAAAGAUUUCUUUGAGACAGGAAAGGGUGCAACGGCGGGCGUAACAUCUUUAUAUUUUCAAACGAUGAAUAAAAACGUCAACGGGGAGAACAGAGACAAUUUGUAUCACAUCAGCGGAACAAAAUACAUAGAAGAGACACUGCUAGGUAUGAAAUUUCGAGUGUCCCCGCAAGCGUUCUUCCAAGUGAACACGUUGGGUGCUGAGGUAUUGUACAAAGCAGCAAUCGAUUUAGCAAAACCCACAAAGGACACUGCAUUGCUCGAUAUUUGCUGUGGUACAGGGACAAUUGGUCUCGUAUUUUCAAAGCACUGUGGUGAGGUGUUCGGACUGGAGAUGGUGGAGGAUGCCAUUAAAGACGCCCGGGAGAAUGUUGUCGCGAAUAACGUGACCAACUGUGAGUUUUUCGUCGGCAAAGCUGAGGACAUCUUGUCACCGGUCAUUCAGCGAACCACGAAGCCCGACAUUAUCGCUGUCGUGGACCCUCCGCGAGCCGGACUUCAUCAGCGAGCGUUGUUGACUCUGCGCAAGGCGAAAAAAUUAUCGAGACUGGUGUAUGUAUCCUGCGAUCCUCGAGCUGCAGCGCGAAACCUGGUGGAUCUGGCCAGACCCACCUCGAAGCAGUACAUCGGGGAACCUUUGGUACCUGUGAAAGCUGUUGCUGUGGACAUGUUUCCGUAUACCAAGCACUGCGAAUUAGUGCUGUGUCUGGAAAGGUUAUCCAUAGCAAUGAAAGCAUGCGACUCCACUUAGCGGUGAAAACCUUCGAUAGG